AUGGAGGAUUCGACACAUCACGCUGAUUCCGGUCCGGCGCCACGAUCAACCAAGUCGCCCAAACCAAAGCCCGCCUUCCGCAAGCGCUUCCCCCAGAGCUUCCGCUUCCCUGCCAAAUCGCUGCGCCGGCACUCGCGCGCCCAUUCCGUGUGCAGCAGCGUGUCCUCGGCGCCCUUUCUCGACUCGGACACGGGCUACUCGGCCUCGACGGUCGCGAGCCCCAUCAGCACCGUGCACGAGAGCGAGACCGAGGAUCUCAUCUACCCAACGUUUCUGGACGGCGUGGCCGAGAGGUAUCGCCAGCAUUUCGCCUCGUUUGAUUCGGGAUCGACCUGGGUCGGUGACAGGGACGACGAGGACAGGGUCAACCACGACAGGCUGGAAAAGACAAUCAGGUCCGUUUUGGCGCGUUCAAUGUCGCCAAAGCACUUUUUGAAAGAGGCCGAUGAAGAGGAGCUGGAAAGCCCAGCCACUGCACAACCGCUGAGUGAUGAUGCUAGUUUGAUGUCAGGCAACUCCGAGGCCAACCCCGGCGAGCAAUCCGAUGGAGCUAGCCCUCGAACACUCAUAUGCGACGCCAGCUCUGUUAUCACCGACGAGGCACCUGGGAGUGACGCGGACACGCUCGUCACCUACACCCUACAACUCGUCUACGGCAUCGACGCCCCGGAGCAGGAGCCCCAAAUCAGCAACCUGCGCCGCCUGUCUGCGCGCUACAUCCGCGAACUCGGCGAAGCCAUCUGGCAGUUACCCGCCGUCGACGGCGAGCAGUCCAACUCACAGGGCAACAACGCCUACUCCAGCAGCACAUGCUCGCCCAUCGACGACGGCCGCCGUGGCUCGCCGUCCGGGUCGUCGCAGUCGGGCGCCUCCAAGCGCAAGCAAGACGACGGCGCCGGCGACGAGCACGGCCAGGGCAACGCGCAGGGCGGAUCCGGCUUCGGGCCCGCCAAGAAGGCCCGGCAGGGCGCGCGCGACGACGGGAACCUGCGAUUGAGCUGCCCGUUCCGGAAGCGCAACCCGCAGCGCUUCAACGUCCGCGACCACCACAGCUGCGCCAUGACCUAUUUCCCCAAGUUUGCAGAGCAGCAUAUUGUCAAACAGCACAAGCGCGACGACCCCUCGGCCUUUGUCUGCGACAGAUGCAAUCGCGACUUUUGCUCGCGCAAGGAGCUGCGCGACCACCAGCGGCUGCCGAAAGAGCUCAUGUGCGACUUGGCCGAUCACGAUCCCGAGUCGGGCAUCGACGGACCAACGUGCAACAAGCUGCUGAGCCGAAAACGCGCCAGCGGCACGUCGCCUUUUGUGCAGUGGAAGGAAGUAUGGAACCUGCUGUUUCCCGACGACGAUGACCACACGAUCCAAACCUUUAACUUUACACCGGUGAUUGAACACUUCGAGCUGGCGGCCCAGUUUCAUGCAUCGCUGAAUAGGAUGCGCGCCUCGCUGCAAGACGACAUACCCCUUCCGACCGCGCUGGACGGGGCGUGCGCAAGACUGCAUCGGUGCUUCGCCGAGACGGUCGAGCAGUGUCUCGGCGCCGCGCAGGGCCUGCCGUACGUCAACCGCAGCAACAAAAAGGCCGAGCUGCUCAGCAGGACCACCACGCAGCAGCAGCAGCAGCCGCCGCCGCCAGCCGCCCGGGACGCCAGCCAGCGGCUGCCAUCCCACCUCGAGCCGCGGCCCGACUCGGGCGUCGCGCUCGACGACGGGUCCGAGGCGAGCGGGAGCGUCACGAGCAGCGGUGGCGUCCGCUACCCCAGCGACAGCGACGCAAUCAUGCUGCAGGGCGGCUUCGUGUUUGGCGGCGGCAGCGGCGGCGACGAGGCGAGCACGCCCGCGCUGUCGCUGCAGACGCCAACAUCGCUGUAUCACGCAGACAUGAUGCCUGCCGCGGCGCAGAUGAUGGGACAGGGCGGCCAUGCCGUCACGUCGGAGCCGCAGACGGACUUGACCCAGCUCUGGACCGACGAGAUGAUGUACAACAUGACAAUGGUCGGACUGGCGGAUGCCAACGCGGCACAGAACAGGACGUGGGAGGACACGUUAUCGCACAUGUCAUUCCAUGAAUCGACGACGCCGAAUUUAUUUUAG